AUGGCUGGGCCGCCUGCCCGCCGGGGCAGUCCUUCUCCUCCUCCGGCAGCAGCGGCGCCCGGGCCGGGCCGAGGGAGCCCCGAGACGCGGCGGCAGCACCGCGCCCGCUCCGGCCUCCCGGGGCUGCGGGGCGAGGGAAGGGGAGGGACGGGGGGGAGCGGAGGGGAUCGGCCAGCGCUCCUGCCUCCUUCGCCUUCACCUCCGGCGGGGGGAGCGGCUGGGUCUAGCCCCGGGGCUGGGGCCGGGGCCGGGGCCGGGUCCUCUCCCUCCCGGCGAGCGUGGGAGGGGUUUACCCUGGUAUUCACGGCGUCGUGUUCCCUCCACACCCCCCCCCCGCCCCCCGUAGCCCACUUUUCUCCACAGCGCCGGGCCGCCGCGGCCAAGCCGAGGGACGACGGCGGCGGCACCUCCCCGCCCCGCCCGCCCCCGCCCCCGGCGCCGCCCCGAGCGGAGGAGCCACGGCACGGCGGCGGCUCCCCCCGAAACUCCGCCGGAGCCUUUUCAAACAACAAGGGCCGGGAAGGGAGAGGGGAGGGGAGGGGACGGCGGCCUCCCAGAGGGAUCCUGGGAGCUGUAGGCGGCGGGGACUGCGGCGGCGCGGCCGGCGGGGACGACGCGGGGAGGGGACGGGCCCGCCGUUUGCCCGGCGGAAGAGAAAAAGGGCGUGAGGGACGGACCCCGACCCGCCGCUCCGAACCCCCCCGGCCGCUGGGGCGGGGAGGGCGAGUGGGUCGGUUUCUCUUCGGUUCCGAUGAACGGGGCUGCGAAGCGGGUGGCGAUUUGAGUAACAGGGCCAAUCCUGGAGGAAAAAGGAUUUUCUUUGCCUUGCCAGUGUAUCAGCGAUGGCCUAAAAAGCUGCAGAGCUCUCAUUGUGCCCACUAGGAUCAAUCUCGCACUUUUGCUUUGCAAACAGCCAGUGUUCGUGAGGAAUUGCCACCUUAUUUUUCAAACAAGGUUCCCUUGCUUUAGAUCCUCUUUUUUUUUUUUUUUUUUUUUUUACUAGCAGCGAGAAAUCAACGGCCCUCAGCCGUUUUGCAGCUGGUUGGGUUACUGAGGGCUUUUUUUCCCCAUUUUUAAAAAGGAGCUUGCAAUUGGCAGCUGCCGGCGGCCAAGAAGAUGAUGUGCCCAGCAGAGCAGCUAGAGAAGGGAGCUCAGAAGGGAUCCAUCCUCACUGCCUACAGCACCGAAACCACUUCAGACCCAGCUACCGCACUGUUGCACGUGUUGCCGUUUUAGGAAUCCCACAUAGCCAUUGCUGUUCAAAACAGUACCCGUUUUGUGAUCGCAUACCGCAACCAACCAGGCAGUACACAAAACGCUGAAUAAAAUGCACUUCGCCCGGCAAGGUGACGCCAUGCCCUGCUAUGUGACGACUACAAGCACGAUCCAGUGCUUGUGCCACCUUCCAGCUCGUUGCGCUGGAGUUUGGGCUCCUCCGGCAGUGGUUUCGUCUCAGUUACCACCUCCGCUUCCACGAGCAUGUGCAAGACACCUUGGUUCCUCCAUUGACUUUGUGUUCUUCUGCGAGUGUGUUCCAAAGUGUUUUAAAUGGGUUCUCCAAAAUUUUGGAGUAGACUAUUUAUGUAUCUCGCCAGAUAAAGGAGGUCAUGUGGAAAUCCAUUUGCCUCCGGUUUGCCCGCCAAGCCGCCUUGACAAAGGAAACAGGAGCUGAUAGAAGAGGAGAUGUAAUUCAAAUGGGUUUGUUUUUAAAAAUAUAAAUGACGCUAAUUUCUCAUGCAAAUAGCUUAGAAAUUCUGGACUCGUAUAAUAAGACAGCCCUCACUACAGCUCCCAACUUUUUAUUAUACUUAUAGUUUGAAAACCUAUGCAUUCCCCUGUACUUUCACAUUGCAGUCACAGUCAGCUGUGGCUCCUGAUAGUGAUCCCUAAACUCUUCUAUGAUGUCCUUUGCUUACAUGUGAAAACAAACGUUGUACUUCAUUAUGACACAAGAGACUUAACACGCUAAUAAAAAACCUAAUAAAAAUUAAUUUAACAAAAAAUUUUGCAUGUCAAACUAUAUCCCAAACCAUCUUUAAGUAUUUACGCAACAAUGAAUCAGUGCAAAGAGACAGAUUCUUUUAAGCCUGAAAAAGCUGCAUUUAGACAUUUGUUUUCAUCUCAGAUAUUUCCCUUUUGAUUUCAAAAUUAUUACCAGGUAAAGCUAAUCUACAGAGUUAUUUUGGUCAGCUCGUGGAUGAUGUUAUCUACUGUUUCUUUCAGAUUGUAGUUAUUUAGAUUAUUUGGCAAAGAGAUUGAGGAAAGUACUACAAACCAGGCAUAAUUAAAUGAGAUGACUGUAUGUCCACACACUUUAGGGUUGUUUACUGGUUGUUAAGCUACCUCUUGCCUCUUUUCCAUUAUUCCUUUUAAUAUUGACGUAGGCAAAUAAAGGCAAGGCUAUACUGCAGAACUCGUGCAAAAAAGGACCAGUUUUCAGUUCUGCGUUGGUGUAAUACAUUGAGAGUUCCUUUGUGAUUUUUGUAGAAAACUCUCUGUCCCACUUCUGGAGUGGAAAUUCACUAGUAAAUGUUUGUCCUCUGUUUUUUUGCCAGGGGAUCAGUUGACUACCUUACUUAAUGCAAGGGAAUUUCCCUUUUCUUUCUAGACUAGGCAAGGAAGAAGGAGCAGGCUGGCUGGUUGGCCAGCCAUGCAGAAACUUCCUCAGGUCUCUGCUGUUCAAAAUUAAUCAGCGAGAUUUUCCCUCCAUAGGGACAAUACCUUUGCACCUAUCCUCAUGUACUGAAAAUGUGUGGACUUUUUCUAUCAUAGGAAGCAUUUUACAAGUUCAGCACAACGGAAACUUAACAGUUCAGACAUGUUUGGUUUGGUCUUGUCAUAGAAAUAAGAAUUACUGUAGAGAUGACCAUGUUUGCAGGAGAAAAACUAACGCGUGGUCAUAUAAGAGACCAAGACUCCAAUGCUAUGCAUAGUCAAGAAAGCAUCACCCAAGCUGUUUGGCUGAGCAUGGUUUGUCCUUAAAAAACACAAGGUGGAAGAUGUCUUGAACACCUCCCAAAAGAUAAUUUUAUUGCAGUGUAGAAUACCGGUGAGCAAGUAAAGGCUAAGAGGCAGCAAAUAUGAGGACAUUGCAGGCUGGUGGUUUGUGUUACAGCAUAAAAAAGCAAGCUCCAGUCAGAGAAUAUUUUGGUUAGAGAGCCUUUUCACACAAUGAUUUCAAUAAUUCAGCUUACAAUGCAAGUAUAAUAAUAAGUUAUGUCAACUAGAUAUUCUGCUUUUUCUUACCUACCUUUGUUCUAAUCUCCACGCUUAAGUCCUUGCAACUGGUAUUUUGAAAACAAAGUAGGGAAAUCAAAAGAUUACCUAGAAGUAUCUGAAGAAAGAAGGAAACAUGUAUGAAUGCCAGGCAGGGUUAAGAUGUGUUUAGCUGAAGCUCCUGUCUCCCCCUAACAGAUUAAUCCAAGAACUAUGCUGCAGUGCUCCCAAAUUUAAAUUAUUAAAAUAAUUUAAACCAAAAAUUAAAGUCACCAGAUGUCUUGGAAUAUUUUUGAUACCCAGCGAACAUACGGUCAAAACCAGGGAAAUUAGGCAGUAAAAAAAAAAGAUGGUUUUGAGGAGAGGUCCAUCUAAUGAACGCACAAAGGGCUCUGAACAUUGUGAAAAAAGGACCUACCAUCACAAGGCAGUGACGACAGCAAGAAGGUGCCUUUCUAACAUGUUCUCGGACUAGAGGGUGACACAUUAGGGCCCAAACUCACAUUGUUUGGGACCUGGUACUUUGCAGCGAAAUUAGCACCACUACAAAUUAUCUUCUCUGCAGACUCAGGAUGCCUCCAUCAGAAAUACUAAGCCCUCAUUCUAAGCAGUUGCUUUUCAGCCAGCCACAUUUACUUAUCUUUUAUCUUACUGGAAGAAUAAGAAAUGCAAGCCUUUCACAACACUAAUACUUUCUGCUGGAGUAAGGGCAGUUUCAGGGAUAGUCCUGACACUUGCCGGCAGCCGCAGGCUGUGUAGGCAGUCCUAUUACGUUAAGCCAACUAGCAGUGCAAGUCAUCUGGGCUGGGAUUCAUCUCACUGUAGUCGCCUACAGUGCGGUGGUUUGCAUAUGCGCUACUCAUCUACGCCUUC